GUGGCGUGAGCGGUAGCAGUUCAAUAGCGGUUAGCAGGCACGUAACAAACAGACUACAGGGAGAGACCAAGGAGAAUCCAGUGGAAGUAUGGACAGUAGAAAGAACAAUUGAGGGAUCGGGAUUCACUUUAUCAGGCAAAGUGAAGAAAAAUGUCCAGCAGAAGCCAGCACUAUGGAUUCCAGUCAGCCACCAUGGUGCAGCCUGCCAAUGGCGGGCAUGCCUAUCUGUUCGGAAACAACAGCUCAGAAAAUGAUAUGUCAGAAGAGGAUGGGGAAAGCUAUGAGCUUCGGCCUCGUGGCAGAGAGAGACUCCGGAGGAGCACCUCUAAAGAGAGAAUGGAUGACAUUAUCUAUUUGACCAGAGAUAUCCAGGAGGGAGACACUCUGAACAGCAUCGCCCUACAGUACCAUUGCUCAGUGGCGGACAUCAAGCGUGCCAACAACCUUUUGACAGAGCAGGACUUUUUUGCCCUGCGUUCAGUUAAGAUUCCUGUGAGGCGCUUUAGUGUCCUCACUGAGACUCAUAACGCUGCUACUCUCAAAUCUGCCUCGCCCACAGGCACUAGACACCCGCCUCAGGUCUCGCACAUUACUUCUCUCCCUUCUGAAUCCUCCAUGGACUCCUGUUCUUCCACCGACAGCGUGGAAGGAUUCCUGAUGGAGAAGGACAAGGACAUUGAGCGGCUGGUGAAAUCCACAGGACCAUCUCGGAGCGGCCUCAGUGAGGUUGUGUCCUCUUUAACGCAGCAGCAGCCAUUACUAGGAGAAGCUGGAUAUAAACCAGUACAGAGGAAGGAUCCUUAUUAUGGGGCAGACUGGGGCAUGGGAUGGUGGACUGCUGUGGCAAUCAUGCUUUUUGUCGGCAUUGUCACACCCAUCUUUUAUCUGUUGUACUAUGAAGUUCUUGUGAAAGCUGACGUUAGCCAUCAUGGUAUGCCUACACAAACUCAGAAAGGCUUCUCUCAUGAGUCUCAACAAGGCAACAGUUUGAAUGGAAGUAAAGACACUCCUGGAGAUGCUCAACCUAGGCUUGCAGUUAAUGGAACUCAGCAGGCACGGGUUGCGGACAAAGCAGGAGACGGUGGAGAUAGAGAAAAUGAGAAAACAUAGCAUAGCACCUAAAAUGUGUCGCUAACUCAGAGAACUAAUAGAACUAUCCUGAUGUUCCCAUUUACAGAUAACUUUUAAAACAUCACUCUAAUCCAUCUGGCUGAACUAUACAGGAGACAAUAACUUUGGAGGAUUGAAAGAUUAAGUUGUGGCCACAAUCAUAACUUGCGUCUCUCCAUUUGCAUACAGUUGACAGACUGAAUGUGGGUCCAACUCUUUGCAAGAUUUACGUCUGGUUUGAUAGACCAAUGCUGUGCUGCUUCAACCUUUUUAAAAGUGACUGUAUUUCAUAGUUGGUCUGAGUGUCUCCUGUAAACUCGAGAUGGUGUCUUUGCAGUCAGCUGUGCUGGAGAAUUUUUAGCCGGUUACACACAAAUGCUGCCCAGGGAGUUUGUGGAUUUGUAUAAAAGCUGUUUGAGCUGUAACUUUUGCCAUGUUAGUUACAUUGCACUUUCCAAUGGUACUUGUUGGAAAAGUUAGGAUUGCUGCCACUGUG